CUAUAGUGACACGUUGUCGUAGUGUGCAAUGUGUCGUAAUAUAACUGUCAAUUUUUAUGUAAACACGACAUUACUUUGAACCUCUGAACACUACUAAUAUUAUUACUACUCCUUGAACAGGUAGUCACUCAAAAAACGUUGACUUUAAAUAUGGCGGUAAAUAAUCCACAUUGGUCGGAAUGGUGGGUAACUACCUCAAGCUUGGAACCGUUAUGGAGAAAUCAACCCACAUACAUUAUAUCUCAGAGCGUGUUUAUGUUGGCUGGAAUUCUUACUUUAAUUCAUGCAUUCAGAAAAGGUGGUCGUUGGCCGUAUUUUUGGUUAGUAACAGUACUGCACGGCCUAUACGCUGAUAACUUUUGGCAUUUCGUCGUACCAGAAUACGACAAUUUCUGGCAUUCGCAGACACCUAUAAUUUUAUUGGGAAAACGUCUUCCACUUCAUAUUAUAUUUUUAUACCCAGCAUUCAUAUAUCACGCGGCAUAUGCAGUAAGCAGAUUAAACUUGCCGAAGUAUUCUGAACCGUUCGCUGUCGGACUACUUACAGUACUAAUAGACAUACCGUACGAUAUAGUAGCGGUCAAAUUUGUGCACUGGACAUGGCACGACACCGACCCAAACGUCUAUGACCGCCACUACUGGGUCCCUUGGAAUUCUUAUUAUUUCCAUUCAACCUUUGCCGCUAGUUUGUAUUUCUUUUUCACCAGUGUUAGAAAAUGGUUAUCGCCCAACACACCCCAGUGGACAGCUGCCUCGAAAUGUGUAGAAUGGAAAUCUUUAAUCAUCGCGACAAUUUUGGGAAUGCCCUUUGGAGUGUUAUUAUUUGUUCCUAUUUACCACCCGCUACAUGACAACCUGAAGAUACAUUCGGAAGUCACCUUUUUCCUACUAUUUUCUGUGUUCGCUGUAUUCAUAAUCAACGGUCUUCUAACUGAGCGUGAAAAAUGUAAAGAUAGGCUCACAGCCAUAGACUAUGUACUGAUACUGCAACUGGCUCUCCACUACAUAAUCUACUGGGUGUUUGUGGUAUUUUUUGACCCAGCCAAGGAAGUCUCAGUUGGUCUACAUGAACCUGUUGGCCCAUGCAAUGAAGUAGCCUCCCUUAUAACACCAUUUGGACAGACAUUACACAAAAGGAAAUAUUUCUGCCCUAAUGAUUAUGAUGAGGGGUACUUCGACUUCCACUGUGUUGGUGGCACGAAGCCACAGAACGGUGCUGACUGGUACAUAAUUUGUGGAACACCAUUUGUGAACCGCGCAGAGUACGUGGCAAUCAUCUCUGGUAUACUUAUUUUCGCAGCUGGCGUAUUUGGCGGUAUUUAUUUUAGCAAUUCUAAAACAACUCAGCCUGUGGCUAAGAAGUUUAAAACUAAAUGAUAUUCUAAAUAAAUUGUAGUUAUCAAACAAUAAAAGUUCGAAUUUUGAUUACCUAA